AUCACUCAUCACUCAUCACUCAUCACUCAUCCACCAGCUGUCUUUUCCAAAUAUCAUAAAUUUAUGUACCCAAAAAAAUCACUUGGAGAAAAUGCAGAGAGAAUACUCAGACACACAUAACACAACACAGCAAAGCCAGGAAACUCCAACAAAGUCCCCAACCCCAAUCCCCUUUGAAAGCAAAAGGGUGGCUAGCUUUUGCUUCUCAUGCCCCGCGAUGAUAGACACUUUGUCUAGCUAGACAACACCCUUUUAUCUACCCUUCUUCUCUCUUCUCUAUCUCUUCCUCGUGUGUGUGUGAGAAGAAACCCAACCUCGUAGCUCGAUCUUCCUUUACCAAUCAUUAAUAAGGAAUGGAUCUGUGGCUAAAAAAACAAUCAAGGGCUAAUUGAUGUGUUCAUCAGAUCACACACAAAAUCAAGCAGAAAAGAAAAAGAAGGUUUUUCUCGUACGGAUAUUACGAGAAGGAGAAUUUUGUUUGAGUGGAUAUGGCGACGUACUUUCAUGGCAGCACUUCAGAAAUCCCUUCCUCCGCUGAAGGGUUGCAGACACUUUACCUUAUGAAUCCAAACUACGUACCGUACUCUGACGCGGCACAACACCCAACGCAAAACAUGCUCCUCGUCAAUCCCAACAACAACAACACUAGUAACACUAGUCCCACUUCCACCAACGCGCUCAACCUUGGUAACUUCUCCCACGCGCCGCCACCUCCUUCUCCCAACAACAACAACAACCACCGUGAACAACAACAACAUCACCUGAUUGGGGUUACCAUUCCCUCUUCAAACAUCCUUGGAUCCAACGCUGCCGCCACCGACCCCGCUCGAUCAUCGUUCCUCGGACAACACGAAUUCUCCAGCUUCCACGGUGGUGCUGCCGCCACCUCAACGGUGACAGCAUCUCGUGGUAACUAUAACUUAUGGGGUUCCAUAAUUGAUCAAUCUGCGUUGAAUAUCAUGGCAGCAACGACACACACCCCAUCUAGUAACAUGGGGUGUGUUGCCAGCAGUGUCAUGUCGACGCAGAUUGGAUUCCACAGGCCUAAUCAUUUGUCACUGAGCCUAUCUUCACAACAAACACCAUAUAGGUCUCUCUCUGGGGAGAUUCAUGCUAUUUCUCCGGCGAGCCGUGGCGGUGGCGGCGAUGAUAUGAGGGGCUUGCACAACGGGGUUUCUAGUAUGCAUAGUGUUGCUUUGGGUUCCAAGUAUUUGAAAGCAACACAGGAGCUUCUUGAUGAAGUUGUGAAUGUGGGCAAGGGAAUCUCCAAAGGGGAGGAAUCUAUGGAAGGGGCUAAGAAGGAGAAGAUGAAAGGGAAUAUUGAAUCCACUUCUGGGGUUGGCGAUGGUUCGAGCUGCGGAAGGGAGAAUAAUGAUCGAGCCAAACAAGGAGUUGAACUCAGCACAGCACAGAGACAAGAGCUUCAGAUGAAGAAGUCCAAGCUUGUGACCAUGCUCGAUGAGGUGGAGCAAAGGUACAGACAGUAUCACCACCAAAUGCAAGUUGUGCUAACAUCGUUUGAGCAAGCAGCGGGUGUUGGUGCGGCAAAGUCUUACACGGCCCUUGCCUUGAAGACAAUCUCAAAGCAAUUUCGGUGUCUCAAAGAUGCAAUCUCUUCACAAAUCAAGACAACUAGCAAGACCUUAGGUGAAGAUAAUUGCCUGGGAGUUAAGGUAGAGGGUUCGAGGCUAAGGUAUGUUGAUCAUCAACAGAGACAACAACGUGCAUUACAGCUUGGAAUGAUCCAACACAACGCUUGGAGGCCCCAAAGAGGCUUGCCUGAACGUGCUGUCUCUGUCCUUCGUGCUUGGCUUUUUGAACAUUUCUUGCACCCCUAUCCUAAGGACUCCGAUAAGGUUAUGCUUGCAAAACAAACUGGGCUUACUCGGAGCCAGGUAUCUAACUGGUUUAUAAAUGCCCGAGUUCGGCUAUGGAAGCCAAUGGUAGAAGAAAUGUACUUGGAAGAGGUAAAACAAGAGCCAAACAAUAGCUCCCAGGAUAACAACAACACAAAAGGAUCAAAUGAAUCAAGCAAGGAGUUAUGGUCAGAAGCUAAUGCUGCUGCACAAGAAUCAGGUGCAAUGAGAUUUGAUCAGAUUAACAUUCUCCAAUCAAAGGCAGAAAGCUUCAAGAACAACCAAACCACUUCCCCAACAGAGAUCUCCAAUUCCAACUCACUCCAAUCUGGUUUCCAUCUUGCUGACAUGCAAAGUCCAAACAAGCCAAAAAGCACUUCUGAGAUGCAUCAGAAUUCUCCAGGUAGCAUUCUUUCAGUGGACAUGGAAAUGAAGCCUCAUCAUCAUGGAGAAACAAAUAAUAUCACUAGAGAAGGCCAGAACAACAACACAACAACAAAGUUUGGCAUUGAAAGCCAUGGUGGGGGUUUUGGAGCAUUUCCCAAUAUGGAAGACAUUGGAAGGUUUCAUCAUCAUGUCACAGAGCAACUUGCUCCUAGGUUCCAUGGAAAUGGUGUUUCUCUCACUCUUGGACUUCCACACAGUACUGAGAAUAACCUUUCCCUCUCAGGAACAACCCAACAUGGAUUCCUCUCACAGAACAUGCACUUGGGAAUGAGAAACAGUGAAAAUGAUGAGUUUUGUGGUGCAAUCAACACUACCCCACCUUCUUCUCACUCAGGUAUCAGUUAUGAGAGCAUUGACAUUCAAAACAGAAAGAGGUUUGCUGCGCAGUUGUUGCGGGAUUUCGUGGCUUAAAAGAAUUGAUAAUUAACUAGCUAGCUAGGAUAAUUAAUCAAUGAAGAACACCCCACGAAAGAAUUGAAUUAUUUUCUUCUUUUUCUGAUGUUGCAAUAUAUUAUAUAUCCACAAAACACAAUGCAGUUCAGAGUGUUACGACACACUAACUUAGCAGAAGAAUAGCAACAGGAGGGGAAAAAAAAAGAAAUAAAAGAAAUGGAGAAGUUUAUGGUAACUUGCUCCAUGUAUAAAGAUGGAAACUGGUUCAAGAUUAUGAACUUGCAGGGAAUUCAGAUUUACAUGUUCUGAAUUAGUUUAAUUUAAGGAUUCAAGUUGAGUUGGGGAAGGUAUAUUGUAUAUGGUAUUGAAAAGUAGCUAGGUACAAUACAAGGAAUUGAAUGGUUUGUUUGGAUAGGUAAUGUAUUAUAUAUUGGAUUUGGAGUUAUAUGCCUUACUUUGUUAAAUUAAUUAUUCAUUCAUUGCAUGUA